AUGUGGAUGGAGCUUGACACAAGAGUUUCUACUGCUGGUGUAGUUGCAAGGAAUCAUUAUGGAUUAGUUAUAGGUGACUAUGCACGUCGUUUGGAAGCUUUCCAAUCAGCAAACCUAGUUGAAGCGCGAGCUUUCUUUGAAGGAAUAACCCUCGUGGUUGAGAAUGGCUGGGAUGAGGUAAUGGGCUGCGUUCAAGUCCAGCUUUGGCUGCCUAAUAAAGAACACCAGUUUCGCCCAUUUGAUUUGAUCUCUCUCUCUCUCAAACCUCUUCUAUGGCAUCGUUUCCAAGCGAAAGUUCUCUUCAAAACCCACAACUCUCUUUACAAGCACUUCCGUCCUUCAUCGUCCUUCAUAAUCAGAACCCUUAAUUCAUCUCCCCAUGAACCAGCCAAGAAGCCACUCUCUCUGUUGUUUGAAGAAGCCGUUGGAUUAACUGAAAAGACUGGGGGAAACGAAGGGCAGGGCCAAGACGAAGAGAAUGAGCUAAUGAGCAAAUUAAGGGAAUUGGAGAGGGAAGUUCGGGAGUUCAAAGAAAACCCAAAGCCCAAAGUGAAAAAGGAACACACGGAGGGAGUAGAGAGGGGAAAACCCAAGAAAGUUAACAGUGUGACUGGGUUGUUUGGGGGAGAAAAAGUGGAAAAGAUGGCGAAACUGAGGAGAAAAUCUGGGGAGGUCACAGUUUUGAAGGAUCUUUCGGUGUUCGUUAAGUUUUUCGUUAGGCAUUUGUAUUCAAAAGGGUAUUUUGACAAAGCUAAUUUCUUGGUGGACAACAAGUUGAAUUUUGGUUGCUUUGAUAAUAGUUAUGGCAGAGAUUUCAUCAAGUUUGCUGCUAAUAAGUUUGGUAAAGAUAAUGAAGAGAUUGCAAAGUUGUUGUCAGGCAAUCACUUGAAGAAAGUGGCGGUUUUUGGUUGCCCUUCCCUUGAUAAAAUAACGUCUUUGCUGCUAAGAGGUUGCGCAAAAUCUUUAGAAUUCAAGAAGACACUGUUUGCAAUCGAUGCAUGUUAAAGGAUUCAUGCAGGUUUGCUAAUAAGGGUGUGUCUGGAAUUGCUGCGGAGAGCUUGCUUCUAGUCGAUGUAAUGAAGGUUAUAAUUUUGUAUGCUUUAGAGCAAGAGCAUCCGAAGCUCACAGUUCCGGACGAAGUACGUGAUUCAGCCAACAAAUUGCUGGAGGAGGUUAUAAAGCUAAGCCAAAACACAUGACAGGGUUUGUAAAAUGUUUCUACAGGUA